UAAAUGCUAGUGCUAUAAAUACAACGUUAACGAACAGAAAGGUCUCUUUUCUCUCCUCUUUCCUCUUUUGCUUCUCAUUCGAGGAUUCGACGAAUCGCGUGAGAGAAAGAGGAAGAGGAGGUUACCAUCAAUCGGCGUAUUUGCGGCGAAUUAGGUCUUCCUCGAUGUCUUCCAGACGUAUCUUGAAGGAGCUCAAGGAUCUCCAGAAGGAUCCUCCAACCUCUUGCAGCGCGGGUCCUGUAUCAGAAGACAUGUUUCACUGGCAAGCAACAAUAAUGGGUCCUCCAGAUAGUCCUUUCGCUGGAGGUGUUUUCCUUGUGACUAUCCACUUUCCUCCUGACUAUCCUUUCAAACCCCCUAAGGUAGCAUUCAGGACAAAGGUCUUCCACCCAAACAUUAACAGCAAUGGCAGCAUUUGCCUUGACAUUUUGAAGGAGCAGUGGAGUCCUGCGUUGACCAUUUCCAAAGUAUUGCUUUCCAUCUGUUCUCUGCUGACUGACCCGAACCCAGAUGAUCCUUUGGUCCCGGAGAUUGCACACAUGUACAAGACUGAUCACAGCAAAUACGAGACCACUGCUAGGAGCUGGACCGAAAAAUAUGCUAUGGGCUAGUGACUCUAUUUGAGGUUUGGUCGCUGUUAUUUAUUAGAAUUAAGUGAUUAUGUGUGCUAUCUCUGUUUAGUUUCCUCAAGGACUCGAGGAGCCCAAAUUUAGAACAUAUAAACAACAGUUUCUAAUUUUAAGAAAAAUACCUUUUGUUACCAA